GGUGAAUCCAGGCGCUGCUGUCAGCCCCAGGGUCAGAAGAUGGCGUCAAGCGGAGCCGGCACCGGCACCGGCACCGGCGGGGGCUCCGAGCGAAGAGACAGGAGUCGGGCAACAGCCGCAGCGUCCGCUCCGUCCACGGACGUAAGGACCAUGUUCCUCCUCCUGCACUCAGUCACCGAGGACAACAUCCGCUUCUUUCGGCAGAACUCCUCGGAGACCGGCCGGCGGUUUGUCACAGCCUUCUCCCAGAUUCAGGAGCACGGCCGCCACCUCCAGCCGCUGGUGCAGAACUUCACCCGGAUCUUCCCCAUCUUCGACUUUGAUGAGCAGACUCCAGCCAAUGGCUACCGUAGCCUCAUCAAGGUGGUGCGCUCCUGCAUCCUGCACAUCAUCCACAAAUCUCGCUACAUCACUGGCAACCGCCGCAGCAUCUUCUUCAGGACCAACCACAACUGCAUGGAGAUCGAGGCAUACUGCUCUGCCCUCUGCCAGCUCCGUGCCCUCGUCUACUUUGCCCAGAGGCUGCUGACUGCCAACAAGCACGGCGACCUGUUCUUUGGUGAGGAGAAGGGACUCUCAGAGGAUUUCCUGCUUGAGUCCAACUCCAUGCACAAGGGCUGCUUCUAUGGACGCUGCCUGGGCUUCCAGUUUACCCCUGCAAUCCGACCUUUCUUGCAAACUAUCUCCAUCGGACUGGUGUCGUUUGGGGAGAACUACAGAAAACACGACACAGGCUUGGGCGUGGCCGCCACUUCCAUCUUCACCAGCGGCAAGUAUGCCAUCGAUCCCGAACUGCGGGGCUCCGAGUUCGAGCGACUCACCCAGAACCUGGACGUCCACUUCUGGAAGAGCUUCUGGAACAUCACCGAAACCGAGGUGCUGGCGUCUCUGGUGACUCUGACAUCGACCACCGUGCGCGUGAACAAGACUCUCUCCGUCCCGCCCAACCCCUUCAAGAUGCCGAUGCAGGCUGACCCCAGUCUGAUGGUGGACAUUAGCCCUCCAGUGGCUCACUCUGGCCCAGGACCGGUGCAGAUGAGGCUGAUCUCCUACGAGCUACGAGACGGACAGGAUAGUGAUGAGUUGAAUGAACUCUGCAAACCUGAGGCACAGCUGGGUCUUGACAUGCGUCUGAAAACAAAGAAAGCUCCACGGUCCAAGUUUCUCAUUGUUCAUUUUCAUGGGGGAGGAUUUGUGGCUCAGACUUCCAAAUCACACGAGGCGUACCUGAAGAGCUGGGCCCAUGAGCUGGAUUCGCCGAUCCUGUCCGUGGAUUACUCCCUCGCCCCCGAGGCUCCAUUCCCACGGGCGCUUGAGGAGUGUUUCUUUGCCUACUGCUGGGCCAUCAACAAUUGCCACCUGCUGGGUUCAACCGGAGAGAGGAUCUGCCUGGCGGGGGACAGCGCUGGAGGGAACCUCUGCCUCACUGUGUCCAUGCGAGCUGCCUCAUAUGGAAUCCGGAUGCCGGAUGGGAUCAUGGCUGCCUACCCAGCAACACUGCUCCAGGCCAGCGCCUCGCCAUCCCGUCUGCUCACCUUCAUCGACCCGCUGCUGCCCCUCAGUGUCCUCUCCAAGUGCCUGAGUGCUUACGCAGGGACAGAGGCUGCAUCGGGUAUCCCCAGGAUCACAGAGAAGACGGACGCACUGAGCCUGAUAGGGAAUGACGCAGCUGCUUUAUUGCUCCGAGACAUCCGGCUGGGAGCCUCGGCCUGGCUCAACUCCCUCAUGGACAGUAGCAAGAGCAGCAAUAAGCCUGGUGAGGAGACCUUUCAUCAUUUUCCUCCCCACCUCCCUGCCAACUUCUCCAAUCCCUAACAGCCCCCA